AUGCCGCUACUCUAUUCCUUUUGUUUUCAGCUUUUCUUGGCAGGGGUAUUUGGCGCCAUCUUCUUCUGUGUGGCUGAAAACAGAUAUUAUUAUAGCGGCAGCUGUAAGCUAUUUGUGAUAAAGGCAGUGGUUUUUACCCUGUCCGCCAUUAGUGUAUUUGUGUGCAUCGUAGCCAGUAUAUUCCCGGGUAUCCAUGGUCGCCGUAUCGCACAGUACACGGGAGACUGCGUAAGAACUAAUGAAGUAUGUUACUGUCAUCUGGGUGAUGACAACGGGAUGGUGAGGGUGUAUGCUUACCCUCACCUUCUUGACUGUCGUCCUGAGACUUUCACCAGUAUAAAAGAUAAUCUCAUAUUACAGUGUGCUCUCAACGCCAUUGGCUGUGGGGUUUCAAUAUGGCUUGUUGUGCUUCUCUGGCAGUCUCGCUACCAGAAUUACCCAUCAGGACUUCGCUUUUAUUCCUACAGUGCAAAUUCACAUCACCCUUGGAUGGAAACGACGAAUAGGCCUGCGUAUUCCACUCCAGUAGACACGCCCUCUUUCGACAGAAAGUUAUCACAGAAGCGCCUCCUAGCGAGACAGCAGAAAGACGAGGAGGAAGAGGAACAAAAACGGAAAUGCAUCGCAAAUGGUCAGCAUCCUUCAGAUACGUAUAAAUCUGACCAGGCUGACCAGCAAACUGCUCUGUUAGCCAAGAAUGAAAGAUCUGCAGAUGACGAAGUUGUGAUUCAUUAAACCUCUCCGAACCUCAAGCAAAAAAUGCUCCAUUAUUCUGUUAGCGAUAUGUGCUUUAUUUGAAUACGGCACUCAAAGAUUUGGACUUGUGAAACAUUGUCCUUGAUAUUGGCAGAAUUAGAGUUUCAUGUUGUCAGAGAACGCUUUCAGAACAGCCGACUAACAGAUCUGCCCACUUGUAUGCUUGUUGUGUAAUCCCAGCAGGGAAUCUCUUCAGUGUCUAAUCAGGAAUUCUAAAAGCAGCAAGCUAAAUAGUGGGUCGCCAUAUUUGAUCCAUGGAUCUGUUAGUUCCCUGUUCUAAAUUCACUUCUAAUUAACUACUGGUGAAUAUGUUAUCCGGUAAAAAAAUUAUUCAUUUGACCAAGAACCUCUCUUAUUUAUUGCUUCCUGGACUGCUAACAAUGUAUGAUUUCUGUAUGUAUAUAGUGAAAAUUUUUCAAAGAACUACAAAAUAUUAAUUUGCUAACAACACAUAAGCCUUUGCCUUAAAAUAAUUUUCUACAUUUAUUUUCCAAUGUACUGGCUUAGCGUAAGUUUGAAAUUUGUCUGGAUUUCAUAUUGGAAUGUUACCUUUACCUGGUGGAGAAAAAAAGGAAAACUGCCUUGAACUUUGCACAUAUAUAUAUAUAUAGUGUGUGA